AUGCAGCGGAGUAAAGCGGCUGUGAGUGUGGAGGUGAAGCGGGUUAUCGGAGCUCUCUGCCGGCUCUUAGCGGCCGUCGGUCUGGACGCUGUCCCCGCACCGGAGGCCUUCAGGCGGGCCAAGUUUGGCGGUGGAACCGAGGAAGACCAGUUCUGGCAGCUUCUUGCUGACAUCCUUCAGACUGCUGGGAUUGUUUCCUCGGAGACCAGAACUCAGCUGGGAGGAGAGCGCAGGAAGCUGGUGGCUGCAGGACUCUGGCAGACUGGUUUCCACACAGCCUGGAUGUACCAGGAGGACAAAGGGAGUUUCUCCAGCAGAGAUCUCCUCCUGGCGCUCGGCUGGCUGCUGGCUGCAGGGACUCUGGAGAAGCUAUUGACCCAACGAGUCCAGCAGCUGGACAAAACCCUGCUAUCCUCAGUUCCUGCGAGCUGUGAGUUUUCUGGUGAUCUGGAAUUUGAUGCUGCCUCGCUGAGGAGACUUCAGUGGCUGAUUGGUCGUCUGAGACACCAGAGACGGAUCCUGCUGUCCACGAUACGAGCGCGAACACAAGCGCUUCACCAUGUAUUUUCUGCCAGCCACUCUCUCUGUUCUGGUCAGAGCUCUGCGACACUGCAGGAGGACAGCGGUCGUCUUCAGCAGCUUUGUGACCUUUUGGAAGCGUAUGUGAACUGGAAGCAGGUGGAGAAAGUCUUCUGGACCUGGAUGGACAGCGUGAUCGACCUGAUGGAUCCUUGUAGCAUGAACUCACCACGACUUCCCAAUGGGAGUCCAGCAGCGUGUCACCGUGGAGACCAGAGGCUGGAGAAACUAGAGAUGUUCAUGAAGCAGGAGUAUAGUUUUAAAUCACUUCCUGAAGAAGCUCAGAAGACACAAACGAAAAGCGCCUUUUUCCCGCCUCCUCUCCUCUCCUCUUUACCCUCCAUCCCUGCGGUGUGUCGAGCCAAGCUGCAGGUUGAGGAGCCGGUCAAGCACCCAGCAGUGAGAACCCUUGGCAGGACCAAGGGCCCCCACAGUGGGGUGGAGUCCCCAGACGAGCUCCUGGCGUCUCAGGCAGCAGAGCUGCUGCUUCAUGCUGAAUCUGCGCUGCUGCAGAGGAGGGAUCGACGAAGGCUGGCCAACAGGAUGUCGCUGCAGGAGCUGAUCGGCUGCUUAGACCAUUUGGUGUUUAUACCUUUGUAA